GACGAGUUCUACACCAGCAUCGGUAGACAUUCGGCCGGUGUCGCUCUACAGAGCAUCACAAGUAUCGAUCGCCACUUAAAUGUGUUGAUCGAUACUCAUAUCAAUGACAUGUAUACUCGCGAAACCUUGUUAAUAUUGUCCUUAUGAUUUAUUUUCCCACCAAUCUUAGAAUGUAUAACACUGGUCACAGUGUUGUUUAAGUCUCGGGGAGGUUCUACUAAUAUUGUGUUUUAUGAUGAGUCUUAAAAAAAAAUAGAUCCGAGUAGACGAUUCCUCAACACAUCGACCGAUGAGACCAGCUCGAUAUCGAUCAACAACACUUCAGAUCCAACGAUCGAUUGUCUCUUCAUUGUGUUGAAUGAUUGCUCUAGCCAUCGACCAAUGAGACCAUGUCGCUAUCAUUCGACAGCACUUCAACAACAUUGAUCGAUUGUCACUUCAUUGUGUCGAUCGACACUGAGCAGGUCAUCUUUCUUACUUCUUAAAUUAUGUACUUAUGAUUAUUUCUCACCACAACUCCGACUAGAUAUACACUGGCACUACAGGAAAUGUGGGUAUUAAUAGCGUCGUAGCAUAGCGUUUUUUGCUUCUUUGCUAUUGUAUAUAAACACGGGCCUUUAUAAUAGCGUUUUUGAAAUUUAUAAGCUAUCUUUGUAGUCGCGGGAAAAUAAAAUAAUUCAGCCGCGUUAAUUUGGUAAGUGGAGGCGCCUUACCAUUGCAAAUCAAAAACUAAAUGCUAUCGUAUAUGAAAAAAUAUAUUAAAAAUAACUUAAGUAUUAAUCGAAACCGAGACUUCAUUCUCUUCACUUCACUCUCUUCACAUUCCUCAAAAUCAAAACCGACUCAUCGAAGUUCUUCAGAGUUCUCUCGAGUCGAAGCUUCAAUUGGUAUGAGUUUCGAUUUGAUUCUGAGUUUAGAAUAGAGACUGGUUCUCUCGAGUCGAAUCUCUUUGAUUUUGGGUUUCUCUUUGAUUCAAAUCUCUUUUCACAUGCAUGUCCGCGUUAACACAUGAUUCGAUUUUGAUUGUGGGUUUCGAUUAGGUUUUGAAUAUGAUUGUGGGUUUCGAUUAGGUUUUGAAUAUGAUUGUGGGUUUCAGUUUGAUUUUGAAUAUGAUUGAAGGUUUCGAUUUGAUUUUGGGUUUAGAUUUUUUGAUCGAAUGGCUUGAUUUGAUUUUGGAUUUGUUUAUCAGUUUCAGAAAUGGCAAAGACAAGAGGACAAGUUGGUUCUCGUCGGAGUAAACGUAAUCAAGGCUUGGAGGUAGUAGAUCAAGAGGACAAGGCACCGCAACUAAAAGUGAAGAAAAGAACAGCAAAGAAAACGGCUUCCCCUAAAAAGAAUUUAGUUUUAACGCCAACGAGAAGAAGUAGUAGAAUCAAGAAAGUGGCUGCUGAAGAUGAUUACAUAGAAGAUGUAACACCAUCUGACGAUGAUGAGGUAGAAGAUGUUACACCUCCUAAGGAUAAUGAAGUACAAGAUGUAACACCUGCUCAGGAUGAUGAAGUAGAAGAUGUAACACCCGAAGAUAAGGAUGAUCAGGCUGAGAAGUCAAUGUCUGAAGAAGAUACAGACGAUGAAGAGGAUGUCAAUGGGAAAGAGGAUGUCAAUGGGAAAGAGGAUGAAGAAGAUGGAGAUCUCAAUGGGAAAGAGAAUGAAGAAGAAUCGGCCAAUAUGGAAGAUGAUGGAGUUCUUAAUGAGAAAGGGAACGAAGAGGAAGCUUGCGAAGAAGAAGCUCGCGAUAUGGAAGAAGAUGGCACUACGCAAGAUGAUGAGAUUCCUAGUACUGAAGGAGUUAAGCUAGCAGGGGAGGAAGUUUCAAAAAAAAAUAAAAGAGGACCUACAAAGUUGCGUAGAGUGGCUGAAAAUCCCAAUGAUAAGAUUAUGGUCACAUUCAAUGACAUUGGUGAGCAUGUUGGACCUGGUUCAGUAACCCUAUCGUCGGUUCUUGGUCCUCUUGUGAGGGAACAUGUUCCGGUUACACUUGCCGAUUGGAGAAAACUUGAUGCAGCGACUAAAGCAACAAUGUGGGAAGAAAUUCAGGGGAGGUUUAACUUGCAAGAAGAGUGGCAGAAAGCUGUUAUUUUCAAGCAGCUGGGAAAUGUGUGGAGGGCUGGGAAGUCAAGGCUGGUGUCACAAGUACGUGUGGCGAAGACUGCAGCUGAGAGAAUAGCUUUAAAACCGAGCAACAUCCCAUCCCUUCAACUGUGGAACACUUGGGUUAAGAGUAAGACUACCAAAUCUUUCACAGAAACGAGUAACAAGUACAGAGCGAUGAGAAGAAAUCAGAUUCCUCACACCACCAGCCGCAAAGGAAUGCUUCGUUUAGCUGAUGAUAUGGUAAAAGAGUAGUCAAACAUCUACAUAUUGUAGAUCAGCUUGUUAGAUUAAAAUGGUAGUGAGAUAUGUUUGUUUUCAUAUAGAAAAAAAGAGUAAAGACCCAAGUAAGGUGAGUAGAUCCAAGGUUUGGAUUGCGGGACACACUCAUGCUGAUGGCAGACCUGUGAAGCCCCAGUUUGCUGAGACUAUUGUAAGCAUUAUGGAAGUUGUAUAUUGUGUAUAGUUAAUAGACUAUGGCAAUGAAUGAUUUUGUGUUUAAAUGAUUGUAUCAGGAACAAAUACAGUCACUUGACAGUCGGAUGGACUCCACAUCAGCUGCUGAUAACAUAAGGGAAGAUGCUGUGAGCAAGGUUUUGGGAAAAGACAAACCUGGACGAGUAAGGGGCUUUGGUAGAGGGAUUACAGCUAAUAAGCUAGCAUAUCUGCAAUUUAGAGACGCUAAGAUUGCAGAAAUGAAAAGUGAGAUUGAAGAGUUAAAGGGGAUGGUGCGAGAAUUAGCUGAGAAGAAGGUAAUCCUUUUCAUUACCUUUGGUCAAUUAGUUUUAAGACAUUUACGAUUUCCGUUGCCUUUUCUCAGAAAAGUAAUGUUGAUGCUGAAACAUCUGAGAGUAGUGGUGGAUUCAAAGAAGGAGUCAGAGUACAAAUACUGGAUUGGAUUGAAUCAGAGGAUGUUGUUGUUGGUGAAGGAGAAUUCUGCUCUGCUGAACCGAAGUACAAAAUUGGUCGUAUACCAAUUGGUCCUAAUGCAGUGGCUAUCGUAGUUAAGUAUGCACUAAGCGCAUCAGCUUCACUCUGGAGGCCUACUACGGAUGUGUUAACUCUUGAUGAAGCUGUGGGAUACAAGAUAUCUUGGCCAAUGGAUAAAGUGAUUUUGGAUAAGGAUCCAAACUGUUCUGAAGAUUUAUCUAUGGUAAAUUUUCAAAUCUUGUUUUCUUCUUACAACAAUUGAGUCAUCUCUAAUCAUUACUAAAAUUUCUAAUUUCAAAUAAGGAAGGUGAAUAUCGAAGAUGCAAGAUAUAUGAUUGGACCAAUGAUGAGGACGAGGUCAUUGCUGAAGGUCUCGUGUGCUCUUCAAAAUCCAAAGACAUGGUUAACAACAUACCUCUGGGUCCCAAUGCUGUUAGUGUCGAAGUAGUGAAGGUGUUCAAUGAUCAAGCAUAUUUGUGGAGGCCAACCGCUGAUAUGUUCUUGAUUGGUGAUGCACUUAGCGAGAAAAUAGCAUGGCCAGUCCUAAAGGUUGAAGUCAUGCCUACACCUGCUACAGAAGUAACACCAACUAAAUGUGCAGGGAAGAAAAUAGCAUCACCUUCGAAGCCAGCCAAGAAAAAAGCAGUGGUAUGUAAUUGACAUGAAGUUAAAUUUUUUUAUUUGCCUGAUGAUUGAUGUUGCGUCCUUGAUUGAUGUUGGAACUUGCUUCUGUCAUCUUGUUUGAGUUGUAGAGUCCAGGCAGCACUAGUUCGACCAGAAGUCCGAAGCAGAAGUGCACUCUCUUGGAUUGCAACAACUCUGGACGUAAGGUAGCUGAAGGAAGGGUAGCUUCAACGGAUCCGAAUGAGUUGUGCCACUUUGUACCCCUAGGUCCAAAUGCAAGCAAGGUGUGGAUUGAUGUGGCUAAGAUCGGUGAUGCAAAAGUCUGGAGGCCAAAUUCAGAGAUUGAAUACAUAUCUGAUGCAAUGGGUUCGGUUGUGGCAUGGCCAAAUGACAAAAUCAAGUUUGUCUAAAAUUGUCGUCUGAAACAUUUUUCAAGUUGGUUCUCAUCGGCUAUGUAUUUCUAGUGUGUGAUCGAAUGUUUAGGUACUUUUUUACUCGGUUGAAAUCAUGUAUGAUAUUAUGUAACAGUUAGCAGACAAAAAAACAAAAAUUAUGUGUUAUAUUAUGAUAUAAGGUUAUGUGUGAAAAUGUUUAGCUUGUUAACCCCUAUACCCUUAAGUGCAUAAUUUUACAUUAAACCAUAAGCUUUAAAAAUUAAAUCCACAGACGGGAAGACCAAAAAUUAAAAUCCUAUACCCUAAAGUGAAAUCCCUAAACCCUAAAGUACAAACCUAUACCCUAUACCCUAAUUGUACUUGAUUUCACAAUUUUGUUCAUUCUUAAAAGGAUAUUGUAAUCUUAAUUUCACAAAACUGAUUAGUUAUAAAUUUUAUAAACACUCAUUUGUUCAAACCCUAUACCCUAAAGCCUUUGUACAUACAAAUAAGUAGUAGUGUUUAUGAACAUAUGAGCUAGAUUGAUCAAUCUUAUAAAAGCUCACAUAAAAAAUUUAUAUUCAUACAAUUUUUUUUUUGUAAAAUUGGAAAACUGAAUAUUUGAUUUUUAAGAUUUAAUUUAAUUUUUUUUUGCUUCAAAAUCAUAUUUAUAUAUUAAUUUCCAGAUUUCAAACGAAAUUAAUACCUUGAGCCAAUAAGGAGUAACCUCCAAGAUUGCAGACGUGGCAAACCAUAUGCCGAUGGAUGUGUCUUCCCAACUUCAAUCUUAGCCAUUCUUUUUAUUUUUUGAGCCAAUGAGGAGCAACUACUAAGAUUGCACUCGGAUUAAUCAUAGACCGUCCGAUUUCUCUCCAAAUCUUUGAUCACAACCGUUCAUUUUUUUCUGUCUCUGUUUGCACUCGGAAAAUUUCAGAACACAACAUCUCUCUUUCUGUCGAAACUCCUUUCUGUCUCGCGAUCUAAAAUCAAAAAAACCCUAAAGAAAGCACAUGUAUCUCUCGAGCUAAAAUCAAACCAGCUGUUCCUGUAUUCUCCGAUUGAAAGUAAGCAAAUGGAUAAGUCGUGGAUUUGGCUUCCAAGGUAUAACCUAAAAUCCCUCGAUCUCAUUUCUACUCGCCGAUUGAAAUAAAGCUAACUUCUUUUGUCUGAUUCUUGUAGGAAUAGCCACGAGUAUUCAGAAGGAGCAACUAAUUUUGUGAAUUCGUCCGCAAAAAGAUUGGGAAGUCUGUCUGAAAUGCUAUGCCCUUGUAGAGACUGCCGCAAUCUGAGCCAUCAGUCACUGGAUAAAAUUGUGGAGCAUUUGGUGAUUAGGGGUAUGGAUAAGAAGUAUAAGAGUUCUCGUUGGAGUAUUCAUGGAGAAAAAAGAGAUUCUGCAGAAGACAGUGUUCUUCAAUAUGAAACAGAGGCGUUUGAUUUGUUUAAGACAAUAUUCUCCAUGGACGAAGGUGGUCCAAACCCGACAACUGACAACGAAGACGAUGAAGCACCAGAGGAAAUUGAGUUUAAGAAAAAGCUCAGAGACGCUCAAACGCCAUUAUACUCGGAUUGUCUCAAGCACACAAAGGUUUCAGCUAUCAUGGGACUUUACAGAUUCAAGGUUAAAAGUGGUGUGUCGGAGAACUACUUUGAUCAGCUGUUGGUUUUACUUGAGGAUUUGCUACCUGAAGACAAUGUUCUUCCCAAGAGUUUAGCUGCAAUCAAAAAAUUUCUGAAGAUCUUUGGGUUCGGCUACGACAGUAUUCAUGCUUGCAAGAAUGAUUGCAUAUUGUAUAGGAAGGAGUAUGAGAACCUAGAAAGCUGUCCAAGAUGCAAAGUUUCAAGAUGGGAAAUGGAUAAGCACAGUAAUGAGUUAAAGGUGGGGAUUCCGGCAAAGGUCCUUAGAUAUUUUCCAAUCAAGGACAGGUUUAGGAGGAUGUUUAGAUCACAAAGGAUGGCUGAAGAUCUGCGUUGGCACUAUACCAAUGCCACUGAAGAUGGUACAAUGCGGCACCCUGUUGAUUCUAUCUCUUGGGCACAAGUGAAUGCUAAAUGGCCAGACUUUGCUGCUGAUCCACGGAAUCUUCGACUUGGGAUUUCUACAGAUGGGAUGAACCCUUUCUCCAUGCAAAGCACCAAUCACAGCACAUGGCCAGUGUUGUUAGUGAACUAUAACACGCCUCCAACCAUGUGUAUGAAGGCUGAGAAUAUAAUGCUGACUUUGUUGAUCCCUGGUCCUACUGCUCCUGGUAACAACAUUGAUGUUUACCUAGCACCACUGAUAGACGAUCUAAAGGAUUUGUGGGCUGAGGGUAUUGAAGUGUAUGACUCAUUUGCGAAGGAGAACUUUAAUCUCAGAGCCUUGCUGCUUUGGAGUAUCAGUGACUAUCCAGCCUUAGGAACACUGUCUGGAUGUAAAGUAAAGGGGAAACAAGCCUGCAAUGUAUGUGGAAAGGAUACACCUGCAAGGUGGCUUAAGUUUAGCCGCAAGUUUGUCUACAUGAGUAACAGAAGGAGACUACCGCCUGGCCAUCGUUACAGAUAUAAAAAAGCUUGGUUUGACAACACUGUGGAGGAAGGGAAUGCUAAUAGGAUACAAACAGGCGCUGAGAUAUAUGAGACACUACAAGCUUUUACGAAUGAUUUUGGUAGACCUCUAGAGAAGGAAAAAAAAAGGAAAAGACUAGAGUUGGAAGAUGAUGAGAAGUUACAAGAAGAAGAGUGUGAAGAAUCAAAUGAACUAUGGCGGUGGAAGAAGAGAUCAAUAUUCUUUGAUCUACCUUACUGGAAGGUAAACUAUAGUAACUGACCUAUAUUAUCUGAUUACUGGAAGAAGAGAUCAAUAUGUCUAACAGUUUCUUGUUUAAUGUGUUAGGAGUUGCCUGUUCGUCACAAUAUUGAUGUUAUGCACGUAGAAAAGAAUGUGUUCGAUGCUAUAUUGUCUCUGUUGAUGCAAAGUGCGAAGUCAAAAGAUGGGUUGAAAGCAAGAAAAGACUUAGAAGAUAUUGGAAUCAGAAAGCACUUGCACACAGAGGUGAGGGGAAAGAAAACAUACUUACCUCCUGCUGCCUACUGGUUAUCGAAGAGAGAGAAGACCAUUUUCUGCCAAAGGUUAGCUAAGUUUAGAGGCCCUGAUGGUUAUUGUGGUAAUAUUGCGAAUAGUGUUUCAGUUAACCCUCCAAAUAUUGGUAGUUUAAAGUCGCAUGAUCAUCAUGUCUUAGUACAAAACUUGUUACCAGCUGCAUUAAGAGGGUUGUUACAUAGGGGUCCUAGGAUAGCCAUAAAUAUAUUAUGCAGUUACUUCAACAGGUUGUGUCAGCGCAUACCCAGAGAAACUUAUAUCCAUGGAGACAGAGUUUGUGGAGACAAUGUGUCAGCUUGAGCGCUUCUUCCCUCCAGCCCUUUUUGAUAUCAUGUUUCACCUUCCACUACAUUUAUCAAGAGAGGCACGGUUGGGAGGACCAGUUCACUUCCGAUGGAUGUAUCCCUUCGAAAGGUUUGAUCAACAUCUCUCUUCAAUAUAUCCACUUCCCACAAUGAUGUUUGACUAAUAUUCAUAUUUCCUGAGUUAUAGGUACAUGAAAACACUAAAGGCUUUUGUUAAGAAUUAUGCAAGGCCAGAAGCAUGUAUGGCUGAGGCGUAUUUAGCUGGAGAAUGUGUUGCAUUUUGUUUAGAGUUCCUUAAAGAAUCAGUACCAGUUCAAGAAGCAGUUAAUCGUAAUGAAGAUGUUGAGGCUGAUAGAAUGGUGGUUGAAGGCCGACCUCUGCAGAAGGGUAUAGAGGUUACCCUGUCAGAUAAAGAUAGAGACAUUGCACAUCGAUAUGUGCUAAUGAACAUGGCAUCUUUGGAUCCCUUUCUUGAGUAAGUAAUUCUCUAUGUUUCUUCUACUUGUUUUACUCAUAAUUUCAUUUUCAUAUACUGUUGUUUAAUUUAAAAUCAGGAUGCAUUUGGAAGAGUUGCAAGCUAAGGAUGCUCGAUUGGCUAAAAAUGAAACUUUGUUAUGGAAAAACCAUACUGAACACUUUACAGAAUGGCUUAAAAAUAAGGUUACAAACUCCAAAUUCUUUUCUUGAUUAUUAUUGUAAAUACUGGUUAGCUUGUUUGGUGAUGACUAGUUAGCUUGUAUCAUGAUGCCUGGUUUGUAUCUUGAAGAACAUGUCCAUAUUUUAGCGAAUUGAUGUCUGAGUAGCUUAUAGCUUGAUGAAACUGUCUGGAUUUUUAGUAUUUUUAUGACUGGUUAGCUUGUAGAUUGAUGAUUGGUUUCGUGGUACAUAUUAUCAUGUUUUGAUUAUAAUUUAAGUACCUCGGCUUGAUGAUAAUCCUCUGAUUUCCUGCGGCAGAUUCAUUUAGACUCAAAAGAUAGUCAUUCUAAGGAGAUAAGGUGGUUGGCAUUUGGACCAAGAAAUGUUGCUUUAGCACAUAAAGGAUUCAUCAUCAAUGGCCAACGGUUUCAUACUGAUGCGGUCAAGCUGAAGACACAAAACAGUGGAGUAACUUAUGAAGCCUUUAGCAUGUGUAGAUCAAGUGCAAGAGAUAUGAGACAGGUCGCGGAUAUGAUUACAUACUAUGGAGUGAUAAAGGAGAUUUUGGUCAUCGACUAUCACAUGUUCAAAGUGCCACUCUUUAGAUGCAACUGGGCAAACACAGCGAAUGGUGUGAAGGAAGAAGAUGGCUUCACUCUUGUUAACCUUCAUAUGAACCAAGCAGCCUAUUUGAAAGAUCCAUUCAUUCUACCUUCUCAAGCGAAACAGGUUUUCUACUCUAGGGAGGAUGAUGCUUCAAAUUGGUAUGUUGUUAUGAGAGCACCACCUAGAGGUUAUCAUGAGUUGGAAACAGAAGAGGAUUUAGGUGGUGCUCCUUUACCUGUCCAAGAAGUUGAUGAUAUGGGUGAUGAUAUGGAUGAUGAUAGUGUAUAUGUUAGGGAUGAUUGUGAAGGUUUAUUAGUGGUAGAUUGAUGAUAUGUUGUAUGCUUGUGUGAUGGUUUGUAUGAAUGUGAUAAUGUUGUGUUAUGGGAUUUGAAUAAUUAUAUUGAUUUUUGGAAUUUUAAUAA